AUGGAGCUCAACUUUUCCAUCCUCGGAGCCAUUAGUGCCUCACUACUCUUCCUCUUCUACUGUUUACGGCCAACAAAAAACGCCACCCACAAAUCCCCGCCAGAAGCUGGGGGCGCCCGGCCUUUCACCGGCCAUCUCCAUCUUAUGUUCCCCCCCUCCGAGCUCCCUUACAUCGCGCUGGCCGCCCUCUCCGACACGUACGGACCGGCCUUCACAGUCCGUCUGGGCAUGCGACGGGCCCUGGUCGUCAGCAGCCGGGAGCUAGCCAAACACCUCUUCACCACCUGCGAUUCGGCCAUAUCCUCCCGCCCGGUCCUGCGAGCUGCCUGCCACCUGAGCCGUGGUUUUGCCACCUUCGGAUUCUCUCCCUACGGCCCCCACUGGAUCCAGAUGCGCAGGCUCGUCUCUACUGAGCUCCUCUCGGCCCGGCAGGUCAAGAUGCAACGAGAUGUGCGCGCGUCCGAGACGGCCUUGUCGGUUAACGAGCUUUUCCGUAGGUGGGAAGAGAGGAAGGAUGGGUCGGGCUGGGUUUUGGUGGACAUGAAGAAGUGGGUUGGGGAGCUAACCUUGAACAUGGUGCUGAGGCUGGUGGCUGGGAAGAGGUUGGCGGGCAUCAAUGAUGGUGGGGAGGAGAUUAGGCGGUGCCGGGAGAUGAUGAGGAGUUUAUUUGAGUUAGCGGGGAUGUUUGUGGUGGCCGACGCCCUCCCUUAUCUGGGGUGGCUGGAUAUUGGGGGGCACGAGAAGAGGAUGAGGGAAAACGCGAGGGAGCUGGAGAGAUUGGUCGGGGGAUGGCUUGCGGAGCAUCGGGAGAAGGAAUAUGGUUAUGAUGAUGAUUACAAGCCGCGGGAUUUUAUGGAUGUGAUGGUGUCGGUUAUGAGAAGCGGUGAGCUUCAGACCGAGUAUGAUGACGACACCAUCAUCAAGGCCACUUGCGAGGCUUUGAUCGUAGGUGGGACGGACUCAACCACAGUGAUGUUAAUAUGGGCCCUUUCCCUCCUACUCAACAACCCCCACGCCUUGAAUAAGGCUCAGGAAGAGCUGGAUACACACGUGGGCAAGGAAAGGCAUGUAGACGAAUCGGACAUUGGCAAUCUAGUCUAUCUCCAAGCCAUCACAAAAGAGACUCUGCGGUUAUGCCCUGCAGGGCCCCUGCUUGGCGUACGCGAGUUUUCCGAGGACUGCAAUGUCAGCGGCUACCACAUCCCCAAGGGGACAUGGUUGAUGGUGAACGCAUGGAAGCUGCACCGGGACCCGCACGUGUGGGGACCUGACGCACUAGAGUUCAAGCCCGAGAGGUUUCUGGGCGAGCACCGGAACUUGGAUGUGAAAGGUCGUGAUUUCAAGCUGAUCCCAUUUAGUGCGGGACGGAGGAUCUGCCCGGGGGCAAACUCUGGCCUGCAGAUGAUGAAUUUGGUGUUGGCUAACUUGUUGCACGGGUUUGAGCUGUCGACUGUGUCCGGUAAGGAGGUUGAUAUGACGGGGAGUCAUGGGAUGAUCAAUAUGAAAGCCUUGCCACUUGAUGUUCUUCUUGCCCCUAGACUGUCUCAAAGUCUUUAUAAUUAA